AAAUCACUGAGAUAACUUUUUUUAGUAAUGUUUAGAAAUAAUAGAAACUUUUGGCGUACAAGUCGCGGGCUUACAUCCCUGCUUCUUUAACCUUUAUCAGUAUUCUUUGGUGCAGAUAAUUAGCUCUUCAUAUUUGCAUUAGCGUUAAUACAAUUAUUGAAUGCCUUGAUAGUAGACAGAUACUCAGAAAUAUACGUUGAACAACAGAUAAUAUUGUGUUAAAUCUGAAGGUGUCGAUAUGAGUAUAUAGUUAUAUCAUAUUUCUUAUGAAACGAUUGUACACCGCAACACCGCUAUCUUUCAACAAUUGAUCAUCAGUUAUAAGAUAUCAAGAUGAAUUUCCGCGAUAAUUCAAAUAUCGAGUAUCGAAAGCUGGAUGCUCCAUUGAAAUUUAUCAAUAAAAACUAUAUCACCAUAGGCGAUAAAGAUCGAGAAAAAUAUAGCAAAAUAUUGGCCGAUAUCUUAGAGGCAUUCCGUAGAAAAAUGGCCGAAUCAGAUGAAGUUUAUAAAACUUUUGAAGGAGCGGUGCAUUAUACAGGUAGUGCUUAUGACAAAGUAAAGGUUGGAAAACCAGAUGAAUUUGAUUUGAAUAUAGUUAUGAAAUUGCCUGCUGCUUGGGACUACCACAAUGAUAUAGAGGUAAAAAAUUCAAGUCCUAGCUACGUCACAAUUAACGUGAAGUCGGGUUGCGAAAGAUCAUACAGAGACCCGUCUUUCUUAAACAAAUAUCAAAAGGGUAUAAGGAUUUGGACAGAUAACGAAGGAUAUUUUAUUCAAGAACAAUUCCAUGCAUGGAUGGAAGGAGUUGUUAAAAAAGCAUUAAAUAAAUUUCCAUCACAUGGAUUGGAGUACAUUAUACAAACAAAUGGCCACGCUAUUUAUGUUAAGACAAAAAAAUCAGGCCCAGCUGUGACAUUGCAAUGUGAGAGUCAAGAUAGAAAGAUCAAAAUAGACGUCGAUCUGGUACCAGUAAUACAAUUUAACAAUAAUUCGUCUACUUUGUGGCUUUCUCCACCUGUUAGACAAAGACCUCUUCUUUGUUGUAAGAAAACUUGGUGCGCUGUUCCUAAGCCAAAAAAGAACAACGGCUUUACGAAUAAAAAUCGUGAAUGGCGAGUUUCGUUCACCGAUCAGGAAAGAGAUCUUUUAUAUAAUAAAGGUCGCAUAAAAAACCUUAUUAGACAAAUUAAGAAAUUGAAAAGUGUUCAUGAAGAGACGAAAAGUUUACCAAGUUAUUAUGUGAAAACAAUAUUUCUUUGGGCUUUGGAUGACAAAAGUCUCGAUCAAAAUAUGUGGACCCAAUGGUCAGAUGGAGCGCUUUUUAUGUUUAUGUUAAAAAGGCUACACAGUCAUUUAGAUGAAAACAAGAUUCCUUAUUAUUGGGAUUCUAGAUGCAAUUUGUUGGAUGCUUUAGGAUAUGCCGUUAAUAAUAUGAAAUACAAGAUUCAACGAAUAAUAAAAGAAAUUGACAAUUCAUUAGAUAAUCCAGAAGUUCUGGCUAAAUAUUUGUUAACUGCAGAUGAAUUUGCGGACUUCAGGAGAAGAUAUGGUUCUAUCGAAGAAGGGUUUGAAUCAUUGUCCAUUGAUUCUGCCCCACCAGUUAGUGAUUUACGUGGCGAUUCUAGGUGUUGCAUAUUAUAAAUGU